AUGAACUGGGAAGUAGAGAAGGUAAAAGAAAUCCAGGGAGAAGAAAUGCCCUCAGACCAGUGUGUUAAAUCUUGGAAUGACCAUGAGAUUAGGAGUUGCCUACAAGAAUGGGAACGCCUUGAAAGUGAAGAGGUAAAGAAGAACUAUCACAUAACAUCAAGAAUAAUUGCCAGGCAUCUCAAACAAAGGGGCAUAGAUAAGGGCAGGAGAAAAUGUCUCCAGAUGCUAAUAAAGAUGCAGGACUUAUACUGGACCGUUCAUGAAGCUAACCAGAGGAUAAGGGGCGAACCUUUGCCAUGUCCUUAUGGAGAGGCCCUUCACAGGAUCCUAGGACACAGAGGGGAGGACAAGGACUUCUCAGAAGUGGCUGACCUCCCACCACCUGAAUACCAGCCCCCCACCUGUGCCAUCUCUGAUCGCUUUGAGGAGCUGCUGUGGGCUCCCCCACAUAUGAUCUACAUAGAGGAUCCUCAGGUACCAAGAUGGGAGCCCUGA